CUCUUGUCGCACGUCCUUCUGUGAGUGAGCGGGGCGUCCGGGCGCCUCUCCCCGCCGGGGCCGCCGCCUGUGCUCGGGGGGGCGAUCGCUUGGUCCCCAGCGCAAUGUGGCCGCGCCUGGCCUUUUGUUGCUGGGGUCUGGCUCUCGUUUCGGGCUGGUCGACAUUUCAGCAGUUGUCCCCGUCGCGCAAUUUCAGCUUCCGCCUGUUCCCCGAAGCCGCGGCCCCGGGGGCCCCGGGACGGCUGAUGGUGCCGCCCGCGCCCGGCGACGAGGAGGCGGCGGGGAGCAAAGUGGAGCGGCUGGGCCAGGCGUUCCGGCGACGCGUGCGGCGGCUGCGGGCGCUCAGCGGGCGCCUGGAGCUCGUCUUCCUGGUGGACGAGUCGUCCAGCGUGGGCCCAGUCAACUUCCUCAACGAGCUCAAGUUCGUCCGCAAGCUGCUGUCCGACUUCCCCGUGGUGUCCACGGCCACGCGCGUGGCCGUCGUGACCUUCUCGUCAAAGAACAACGUGGUGGCGCGCGUGGAUCACAUCUCGUCCCGCCGCGCGCACCAGCACAAGUGCGCGCUGCUCAGCCGCGAGCUCCCGGCCAUCACCUACCGCGGCGGCGGCACCUACACCAAAGGCGCCUUCCAGCAAGCCGCGCAAAUUCUUCAUCAUGCUAGAGAAAACUCAACAAAAGUUAUAUUUCUCGUUACCGAUGGAUAUUCCAAUGGUGGAGACCCCAGGCCAGUUGCGGCAUCACUACGAGAUUUGGGAGUGGAAAUCUUCACUUUCGGCAUAUGGCAGGGAAACAUUCGGGAACUGAAUGACAUGGCUUCUGCCCCAAAGGAGGAGCACUGCUACCUGUUGCGCAGUUUUGAAGAAUUUGAGGCUUUAGCUCGCCGGGCAUUGCACGAAGAUCUACCUUCUGGGAGUUUUAUUCAAGAGGACAUGUCCCACUGUUCCUACCUUUGUGAAGCUGGCAAAGACUGCUGUGAUCGAAUGGCCAGCUGCAAAUGUGGAACACACACAGGUCAAUAUGAAUGCAUCUGUGAAAAGGGCUAUUACGGGAAAGGUCUACGACAUGAAUGCACAGCUUGCCCUCCAGGGACGUACAAGCCUGAAGCUUCUCCAGGAGGAAUCAGCACGUGCCUCCCGUGUCCUGGUGAAAACCACACCUCACCGCCUGGAAGCACAUCUCCUGAAGACUGCAUCUGCAGGGAGGGAUACCGGGCCUCUGGCCAGACCUGCGAAGUUGUCCACUGCCCUGUCCUGAAGCCUCCUGAAAAUGGUUACUUUAUCCAGAACACUUGCAACAACCGCUUUAAUGCAGCCUGUGGGGUCCGAUGUCGCCCUGGAUUUGACCUUGUGGGAAGCAGCAUCCUUUUGUGUCAACCCAAUGGUUUGUGGUCCGGGUCAGAGAGCUCCUGCAGAGUGAGAACAUGCCCCCAUCUCCGCCAGCCCAAACAUGGCCGCAUCAGCUGUUCUACAGUGGAAAUGUCCUACAAUACAACAUGCAUGAUUACCUGUGAUGAAGGAUUCCAGCUAGAAGGAAGUACUAAGCUUACCUGUCAAGGAACUGGCCAGUGGGAUGGUGCAGAGCCCCGGUGUGUGGAACGCCAUUGUCCCACCUUUCAGAAGCCCAGAGGUGUCAUCCUCUACCCUCUGCACUGCGGCAAGCAGCCAGCCAAACCUGGGAUGCUGUGCCAGCUAAAUUGCCGCCCAGGAUUCAUUUUAUCUGGGGUAAGAGAAGUGAGAUGUACCUCUUCAGGAAAAUGGAGUCACAAAGUUCAUGCCACUGUGUGCAAAGAUGUGGAGGCUCCUCAAAUUGACUGCCCUAAGGACAUAGUGGUGAAGACUCAGGAACAGCAAGACUCAGCUUACAUUACCUGGCAAGUCCCAACAGCUAAAGACAACUCUGGUGAGAAGGUGUCAAUUCAUGUUCAUCCAGCCUUUACCCCACCUUACCUUUUCCCAAUUGGAGAAGUGGCUGUCACCUACACAGCCACUGACCUAUCCAGCAACCAAGCCAGCUGCACUUUCCAUAUCAAGGUUAUUGAUGUAGAACCGCCUGUCAUAGACUGGUGCCGAUCUCCACCUCCAAUUCAGGUGUCAGAGAAGGAGCACACCGCCAGCUGGGAUGAGCCUCAGUUCUCAGAUAACUCAGGGGCUGACUUGGUGAUCACUAGGAGUCACACACAAGGUGACCUUUUUCCUCAGGGAGAGACAAUAGUGCAGUAUACAGCCACUGACCCCUCAGGCAAUAAUAGAACAUGUGACAUCCACAUUGUCAUAAAAGCUUCUCCCUGUGAAGUCCCCUUCACACCUAUAAAUGGGGAUUUUAUCUGUACCCAAGAUAGUGCUGGCGUUAACUGCACAUUAAGUUGCCUGGAGGGCUAUGAUUUCACAGAAGGGUCUACUGAGAAGUACCAUUGUGCUUUUGACGAUGGUUUGUGGAAACCACCAUAUUCUGCUGAAUGGCCAGACUGUGCUAUAAAACGUUUUGCAAACCAUGGGUUCAAGUCCUUUGUGACACUGUACAAAGCCACUCGCUGUGAUGACACGGAUCUGUUGAAGAAGUUUACUGAAGCAUUUGAAAGUACCCUGGGGAAAAUGGUCCCAUCGUUUUGCAGUGAUGCUGAUGACAUUGACUGCAGGCUGGAAAACCUGACCAAAAAAAAUUGCCUAGAAUAUAAUUAUGACUAUGAAAAUGGCUUUGCAAUUGGACCCGGUAGCUGGAGCACAGCUAACAGGCUGGAUUACUCUUACGAGGACUUCCUAGAUUCUGUGAAAGAAACACCCACUGUCCUGAGCAAAGCCAGGUCUCCACGGAUUAUAAGAAGUAUCCCAUCAUCUGACCUCAAAAUUCAGUUUGUUUUUAACAUCACAGCUAGUGUGCCAUUGCCUGAUGAAAGAAAUGAUACUCUUGAAUUGGAAAAUCAGCAACGACUCCUUAAGACCUUGGAAACAAUCACAAAUCAACUGAAAAGGACCCUCAAUGAAGAGCCCAUGUAUUCCUUCCAGCUCGCUUCAGAAACACUGGUAGCUGACAGCAAUUCCCUGGAAACAGAAAAGGCUUUUCUCUUCUGCAGACCAGGCUCGGUGCUGAGGGGGCGCAUGUGUGUCAAUUGCCCUUUGGGAACUUAUUAUUCUCUGGAACAUUCUGUCUGUGAAAGCUGUGGGAUGGGAUCCUACCAAGAUGAAGAAGGGCAACUUGAGUGCAAGCUGUGUCCUACUGGAACUCACACCGAGUAUCUCCACUCCAGAAGCAUCUCUGAAUGUAAAGCUCAGUGUAAACAAGGCACCUACUCAUCCAGUGGGCUCGAGACUUGUGAAUCGUGUCCACUGGGCACUUAUCAGCCAGAGUUUGGUUCCCGGAGCUGCCUAUUAUGUCCAGAACACACUUCAACUGUGAAAAGAGGAGCAGUGAACAUUUCUGCUUGUGGAGUACCUUGUCCCAUAGGAGAGUUCUCUCGUUCUGGACUAAUGCCUUGUUUCCCAUGUCCUCGAGACUAUUAUCAGCCUGACCCAGGAAAGUCUUUCUGUCUAUCUUGUCCCUUUUAUGGAACUACACUUAGCUCUGGUACCAGAUCCAUCACGGAUUGUUCAACUUUUAGUUCAAGUUUCUCAGCAGCUGAGGAAAGUAUCUCUCUCCCCCACUCUCCUGGACAUAUGCAAAAGAAGUAUGAAGUCAGCAGUCAGGUUUUCCAUGAAUGCUUCCUAAACCCUUGUCAUAAUAGUGGAACCUGCCAACAACUUGGGCGUGGUUAUGUUUGUCUCUGUCCACCUGGAUAUACAGGCUUAAAGUGUGAAACAGAUAUUGAUGAAUGCAGCUCACUGCCUUGCCUCAACAAUGGAAUUUGCAAAGACCAAGUUGGGGGAUUCACUUGUGAGUGCUCAUUGGGUUACACAGGUCAGCUAUGUGAAGAAAAUGUAAAUGAGUGCAGUUCCAGUCCUUGUUUGAAUAAAGGAAUCUGUAUUGAUAGCUUGGCUGGCUAUCACUGCACCUGUGUGAAGGGAUAUAUUGGUCUUCACUGUGAAGUGGAAGUCAAUGAAUGCCGAUCAAACCCAUGCUUAAAUAAUGCAGCUUGUGAAGACCAAGUUGGGGGGUUCUUGUGCAAAUGCCCACCUGGAUUUUGGGGUACCCGCUGUGAAAAAAACGCUGAUGAGUGUCUCAGUCAGCCAUGCCAAAAUGGAGCCACUUGUAAGGAUGGUGCCAGUGGCUUCAGGUGCCUGUGUGCAUCAGGUUUCACGGGGUCACGUUGCGAACUGAACAUCAAUGAAUGUCAGUCUAACCCAUGUAAAAAUCAGGCUACCUGUAUGGAUGAAUUAAACUCAUACAGUUGUAAAUGUCGGCCAGGAUUUUCAGGCAGCAGGUGUGAGACAGAACAGUCUAUAGGUUUUAACCUGGAUUUCGAAGUUUCUGGCAUCUAUGAAUAUGUCAUGCUAGAUGGCAUGCUUCCAGCUCUCCAUGCUAUAACCUGUGCCUUCUGGAUGAAAUCCUCUGACCUCAUCAACUAUGGAACACCAAUCUCCUAUGCACUUGAGGACAACAGAGAUAAUACCUUCCUCCUAACUGAUUAUAAUGGCUGGGUUCUUUAUGUGAAUGGCAAGGAGAAGAUUACAAACUGUCCCGCAGUGAACGAUGGCAGUUGGCAUCAUAUUGCAAUUACUUGGACAAGUUCUGGUGGAGUCUGGAAAGUCUACAUCGAUGGGAAAUUAUCUGACAGUGGUACUGGCCUCUCCGUUGGUACACCCAUACCUGGUGGCGGUGCAUUAGUUCUUGGGCAAGAGCAAGACAAAAAAGGAGAAGGAUUCAACCCAGCUGAGUCUUUUGUGGGCUCCUUAAGCCAGCUCAACCUCUGGGACUAUGUCCUUUCUCCACAGCAGGUGAAAUUGCUGGCUACUUCCUGCCCAGAGGAACUCAGUAGAGGAAAUGUGUUAGCCUGGCCUGAUUUCUUGUGGGGAAUUGAGGGAAAAGUGAAGAUUGAUUACAAAAGUAUAUUCUGUUCUGAUUGUCCAUCUUUAGAUGGAUCAGUACCCCAUCUGAGAACUGCAUCAAGAGAUUUAAAGCCAGGCUCCAAAGUCAGUCUGUUCUGUGAUCCGGGCUUCCAGAUGGUCGGGAACCCUGUGCAGUACUGUCUGAAUCAAGGACAAUGGACACAACCCCUCCCUUAUUGUGAACGCAUUCGCUGUGGGGUGCCUCCCCCCUUGGAGAAUGGCUUCUAUUCAGCCGAGGACUUCUAUGCUGGAAGCACAGUGACCUACCAGUGCAACAGUGGCUACUACUUAUUGGGUGAUUCAAGGAUGUUCUGUACAGAUAAUGGAAGCUGGAAUGGCAUUUCACCAUCAUGCCUUGAUGUCGAUGAGUGUGCAGUUGGAUCAGAUUGUGAUGUGUAUGCCUCUUGCCUGAAUACAAACGGAUCCUACAUAUGCUCUUGUAUCCCGCCAUACACAGGAGAUGGCAAAAAGUGUGCAGAACCCAUAAAAUGUAAGGCUCCAGGAAAUCCAGAAAAUGGCCACUCUUUUGGCGAGAUUUAUACAGUUGGUGCUGAAGUCACAUUUACAUGUGAGGAAGGACAUCAGCUGAUAGGAGUGACCAAAAUCACAUGUUUGGAGUCUGGAGAAUGGAGUCACCUACGACCAUAUUGUGAAGCUGUUUCCUGUGGUGCACCAGCUAUUCCAGAAAAUGGUGGCAUUGAUGGGUCAGCAUUUACUUAUGGCAGUAAAGUGAUAUAUACGUGUAAUAAAGGAUAUAUUUUAGUUGGUGAUAAAGAAUCAUCCUGUCUUGCUAGCGGUUCUUGGAAUAAUUCUUCUCCUGUGUGUGAACUGGUGAAGUGUUCCCAUCCUGAAAACAUAAAUAAUGGAAAAUACAUUUUGAGUGGGCUAACAUACCUUUCUACAGCAUCAUAUUCGUGUGAGGAUGGAUACAGCUUACAGGGCCCUUCUGUCAUUGUAUGCAUGGCUUCUGGCAGCUGGGAUAGAGCGCCACCUACCUGUCACCUUAUCUUAUGUGGAGAACCUCCUGCCAUCAAAGAUGCUGUCAUCACUGGCAGUAACUUCACUUUUGGGAGCACUGUCACUUACACAUGCAAAGAAGGACACACCCUUGUUGGUCCUGACACCAUCGAAUGCCUGGCCAAUGGCAAGUGGAGCGGAAGUAACCAGCAGUGUCUGGCUGUCUCCUGUGAUGAGCCCCCCAAUGUGGACCACGCCUCUCCAGAGACUGCCCAUCGGCUCUUUGGAGAUGUUGCUUUCUACUACUGCACAGAUGGUUACAGCCUGGCGGACAAUUCUCAACUACUCUGCAAUGCCCAGGGCAAGUGGGUUCCUCCAGAGGGUGAGGACAUACCUCGUUGUAUAGCUCAUUUCUGUGAAAAACCCCCAUCUGUUUCCUACAGCAUCUUGGAAUCUGUAAGCAAAGCAAAAUUUGCAGCUGGCUCUAUUGUGAGCUUCAAGUGCAUGGAAGGUUUUGUGCUGAACACCUCAGCAAAGAUCGAAUGUAUGAGAGGUGGGCAGUGGAGCCCUUCCCCCAUGUCCAUACAGUGCAUCCCUGUGCGCUGUGGGGAGCCACCCAGCAUCAUGAAUGGCUAUGCAACUGGAUCAAACUACAGUUUUGGGGCCAUGGUGGCUUAUAGCUGCCACAAGGGAUUCUACAUUAAAGGGGAGAAGAAGAGCACUUGUGAAGCCACAGGACAGUGGAGUAGCCCCAUACCUACCUGCCACCCUGUGUCUUGCAGUGAGCCACCUAAGAUUGAGAACAGCUUUCUGGAGCACACAACUGGCAGGAUCUUUGAGAGUGAAGUGCGAUACCAGUGUAACCCAGGCUAUAAAUCAGUUGGAAGUCCUGUGUUUGUCUGCCAAGCCAAUCGCCACUGGCACAGUGAAUCCCCUCUGUCAUGCAUCCCUCUCAACUGUGGAAAACCUCCCCCAAUCCAGAAUGGCUUUAUGAAAGGAGAAAGCUUUGAAAUGGGCUCCAAGGUUCAGUUUUUCUGUAAUGAGGGUUAUGAGCUUGUUGGUGACAGUUCCUGGACAUGCCAGAAAUCUGGAAAAUGGAGUAAGAAGCCAAGCCCAAAGUGUGUGCCCACCAAGUGCCCAGAGCCACCACUCUUGGAAAACCAGCUUGUCUUAAAGGAGCUAACUUCUGAAGUUGGCAUAGUGACAUUUUCUUGUAAAGAAGGGCAUGUCCUACAAGGCCCUUCUGUCCUGAAAUGCUUGCCAUCCCAGCAAUGGAACGAUUCUUUUCCUGUUUGUAAGAUGGUUCUUUGCCUUCCACCUCCCCUGAUUUCCUUCGGUGUACCUGCUUCUUCUUCCACUCUUCAUUUUGGAAGUACCAUCACGUAUUCUUGUGUCGAUGGUUUCUUCCUAAGAGGAGAUCCUACCACCCUCUGCCAAGCUGAUGGUACCUGGAGCUCUCCACUGCCAGAAUGUGUUCCAGUAGAAUGUCCCCAACCAGAGGAAAUCCUCAAUGGCAUCAUCGAUGUGCAAGGCCUUGCCUAUCUCAGCACAGCUCUCUAUACCUGCAAGCCAGGCUUUGAGUUAGUGGGAAAUACUACAACUCUUUGUGGAGAAAAUGGCAACUGGAUUGGAGGAAAGCCAACAUGUAAACCCAUUGAGUGCGCAAAGCCCAAGGAGAUUUUGAAUGGCAAAUUCUCUUACACCAGCCUUCACUAUGGACAGACCAUCACAUAUUCUUGCAACCGUGGCUUCCGGCUUGAAGGUCCCAAAGCUUUGACCUGUUUAGAAUCAGGAAAUUGGGAUACAGAUGCCCCAUCCUGCAAGGCCAUCCACUGUAAUGCCCCACAGCCCAUUGAAAAUGGUUUUGUGGAAGGUGCAGAUUACAACUAUGGGGCCAUGAUCAUCUACAGCUGCUUCCCUGGGUUUCAGGUGUCCGGUCAUGCCAUGCAGACCUGUGAAGAAUCAGGAUGGUCAAGCUCUAUCCCAACAUGUGUACCCAUAGACUGUGGUCUCCCUCCUCACAUAGAUUUUGGAGACUGUAGUAAAGUCAAAGAUGACCAGGGAUAUUUUGAUCAAGAAGACGACAUGAUGGAAGUUCCAUAUCUGACUCCUCACCCUCAUCCUUUGCGAACAGUGGCAAAAACCGUGGAAAAUACAAAGGAGUCUCCUGCUAUACAUUCAUCACAUUUUCUGUAUGGCACUAAGGUUUCCUACACCUGUAACCCAGGAUAUAAACUUUUGGGGAACCCCGUGCUAAUGUGCCAGGAAGAUGGAACUUGGAAUGGCAGUGCACCUUCCUGCAUUUCAAUUGAAUGUGACUUGCCAGUUGCUCCUGAAAAUGGCUUUUUGCAUUUUACACAGACUACCAUAACCAGUGCUGUGCAGUAUAGCUGCAAACCAGGGCAUAUUUUAGUUGGCUCUGAGAUGAGACUUUGUCUACAGAAUGGGAAGUGGAGUGGUACUUCCCCACUUUGUGAAGCCAUUUCAUGCAAAAAACCAAAUCCGCUCAUGAAUGGAUCCAUCAAAGGAAACAACUACACAUACCUGAGUGUGCUCAACUAUGAAUGUGAUCUUGGAUAUGUGCUGAUUGGCACUGAGAAGAGAACAUGCCAAGAUAAAAAUUGGAAUGGGCAGGAGCCAAUGUGCAUUGCUGUAGAUUGUGGUUCACCCCCAGUCUUAGUCAACGGCCAAGUGAAAGGAGAACAGUAUACAUUCCAAAAAGAGAUUGAGUAUACUUGCAAUGAAGGAUUCUUGCUUGAGGGAGUCAGGAGUCGUGUUUGUCUUGCUGAUGGGAGUUGGAGUGGAGACACUCCUGACUGCAUACCUGUCAGAUGUGCCACCCUACCACAGGUGGCAAAUGGUGUGAUGGAUGGCCUGGACUAUGGCUUCAAGAAAGAGGUGGUGUUCCGCUGUCAGGAGGGCUAUGUGUUGCAUGGUGCUCAGAAACUCACUUGUCAAUCAGAUGGUACCUGGGAUGCAAAGGUUCCUUUCUGUAAACCAGUCAACUGUGGACCUCCUGAAGAUCUUCCCCAUGGCUUCCGCAAUGGGUUUUCCUUUUAUCAUGGGGGCCAUAUACAGUACCAGUGCUUUCCUGGUUAUAAACUCCAUGGAAGUCCCUCUAGAAGGUGUCUCUCCAAUGGCUCCUGGAGUGGCAUCCCACCUUCAUGCCUACCUUGCAGAUGUCCCACUCCAGUCAUUCAAUAUGGAACUCUCAAUGGGACUGAUUUUGGUUGUGGAAAGGCAACCCAGAUUCAAUGCUUCAAAGGUUUCAAGCUCCUGGGUCUUUCUGAAAUCACCUGUGAAGCCAAUGGUGAGUGGAGCUCUGGCUUCCCACACUGUGAACACACUUCUUGUGGUUCUCUUCCAAACAUACCAAAUGCAUUCAUCAGGGAGAGCAGCUCUUCAGAGGAAAAUGUGGUAACUUACAGCUGCAGGUUGGGCUAUGUCAUGCAAGGCAGUUCAGAUCUGAUUUGUACAGAGAAAGGAACAUGGAGCCAGCCUUAUCCAAUCUGUGAGCCACUGUCCUGUGGACCCCCACCAUCCGUUGCCAAUGCAGAGGCAACUGGAGAGGCAUACACUUAUGAAAGCAAAGUGAAACUCAGGUGUCUGGAAGGUUAUAUCAUGGAUACAGAUUUAGAUACAUUCAUCUGUCAGAAAGAUGGUCACUGGUACCCUGAGAGAAUCUCCUGCAGUCCUAAAAAAUGUCCUCUGCCAUCAAACAUAACACAUAUACUUGUUCAUGGCGAAGAUUUCAGUGUGAAUAAGCAAGUUUCUGUGUCAUGUGCAGAAGGGUAUACCUAUGAGGGAGUCAACAUAUCAAUGUGUCAGCUCGAUGGUACCUGGGAGCCACCAUUCUCUGAUGAAUCCUGCAGUCCAGUUUCUUGUGGACAGCCUGAAAGCCCAGAGCAUGGAUUUGUUGUUGGCAGUGAAUACAGCUUUGAAAGUGUAAUUAUUUAUCAGUGUGAACCUGGCUAUGAAUUAGAGGGAAACAGGGAACAAGUCUGCCAGGAGAACGGACAGUGGAGUGGAGAGGUAGCAACAUGUAAAAAAAGCAGAUGCGAAGCUCCAGCUGAGUUUCCGAAUGGGAAGGCUGUCAUGGAAAACACCACAGCAGGACCCCAUGUGAUCUACUCCUGCCACAGAGGCUACAGCCUGGAAGGGCCUCCAGAGGCACACUGCGCUGAAAAUGGAACUUGGAGCCAGCCAGUCCCUCUUUGCAAACCAAACCCAUGCCCUGUCCCUUUUGUGAUCCCCGAGAAUGCUCUGCUCUCUGAAAAGGAGUUUUAUGUUGAUCAGAACGUGUCUAUCAAGUGUAGAGAAGGCUUCCUGCUCAAGGGCCAAGCCAUCAUCACCUGCAACCCGGAUGAGACGUGGACACAAACAAGUGCCAAAUGCGAAAAAAUCUCAUGUGGUCCACCAGCUCAUGUUGAAAAUGCUAUUGCUCGAGGUGUGCAUUACCAAUAUGGGGACAUGAUCACCUACUCCUGUUACAGUGGGUACAUGCUGGAGGGCUCCCUAAGGAGUGUUUGCCUAGAAAAUGGAACAUGGACAUCACCUCCUAUUUGCAGAGCUGUCUGUCGAUUCCCAUGUCAGAAUGGAGGUGUCUGCCAACGCCCAAAUGCUUGCUCUUGCCCAGACGGCUGGAUGGGGCGUCUCUGUGAAGAGCCAAUAUGCAUUCUUCCUUGUUUGAAUGGCGGACGCUGUGUGGCCCCUUAUCAGUGUGAUUGCCCACCUGGCUGGACAGGGUCCCGCUGUCAUACAGCUAUUUGCCAUUCCCCCUGCUUAAAUGGUGGAAAAUGUGUAAGACCAAACCGAUGCCAUUGUCUCUCAGCAUGGACAGGACAUGACUGUUCCAGGAAAAGGAGGAGUGGGUUUUAGUCACCACACACCCAAAUGGCUCCCCUAAAGCAGAAUCAUCUCUUCCUGAUAGCUCCUGGGCCUCCUGGAACCUACACGAAGAAAAUCCAGUGCGGUGCUGGGGCUUGUUUUGUUUAGUAAGCUUGUUAUUUGAGGUUGACUCUUUAAUUUUGUGACAUAUUUUGUUAUCACUUGUGACAUCCUUUCUUACAUGUUUCCAUUUUUAAAUAUGCCUGUAUUUUCUAUAUAAAAAUUAUAUUAAAUAGAUGCUGCUCCACCCUCAUAAAAUGUACAUAUUCUGCUAUCUACUGGGGAAUUUUCUGGAACACAUUUUAUUCAGUUACUUAAAAUGAUUUUUCCAUUAAAAUAUAUUUUGCUACUAAAUAAUAUUUUUCUGGAUAGUGCCAUUUUAUGAGGUGGACAGGGAAUAAUAAAGAGGAUUCAU